AUGACUGAAAAAAGAUCUUUUCCCACUGUAGAUGUGAAGAUCGAUGACGAAGAUAGUCCUCAGCUAGAAAAAAAAAUCAAGCGACAGUCAAUAGAUCAUGGCGUUGGUAGUGAGCCUGUUUCGACGAUUGAGAUUAUUCCAAGCGAUUCUUUUCGAAAGUACAACAGUCAAGGUUUCAAAGCCAAGGAUACGGAUUUGAUGGGUACGCAAUUAGAGUCUACAUUUGAACAUGAAUUAUCGCAAAUGGAACAUGAUAUGGCAGACCAGGAAAAGCGCGAUCUUUCUUCAUACGAACGUGAUAAGUUGCCAAGCGAUUUCGACCCAGAUAAAUACGAUAUUUCUUUCCAACAGAUCGAUGCUGAACAGAAUGUGUUAAAUGGUAUGAAAGAUGAAAAUACUUCUACUGUCGUGAGAUUUUUUGGUGUCACUAGUGAAGGAUAUUCUGUUCUUUGUAACGUUACGGGUUUUAAGAAUUAUCUUUAUGUCCCAGCGCCCAACUCAUCUGAUGCUGAUGAUCAGGAACAGAUCAAUAAGUUUAUGCACUACUUAAACGAAACAUUUGAUGGCGCCGUUGAUUCGAUUGAAGUAGUACCAAAACAAUCAAUCUGGGGUUAUUCUGGUGAUACCAAACUGCCAUUCUGGAAGAUUUACGUCACUUAUCCACAUAUGGUUAAUAAGUUACGUACUGCAUUUGAAAGGGGUCACCUUUCGUUCAACUCGUGGUUUUCAAACGGUACCACCACUUAUGACAAUAUCGCAUAUACUUUGAGAUUGAUGGUAGAUUGUGGAAUUGUUGGUAUGUCAUGGAUAACGCUGCCAAAGGGAAAAUAUUCGAUGAUCAAACCAGAUAGCAGAGUCUCUUCUUGUCAAUUAGAAGUGUCAAUUAAUUAUCGCAACCUAAUAUCUCAUCCCGCUGAAGGUGAUUGGUCCCACACAGCUCCUUUACGUAUCAUGUCCUUUGACAUUGAAUGUGCUGGAAGAAUCGGCGUUUUCCCGGAACCUGAAUAUGAUCCUGUUAUUCAAAUUGCCAACGUUGUGAGUAUUGCAGGGGCUAAGAAGCCGUUCAUCCGUAACGUUUUCACUUUAAACACAUGUUCACCUAUAACAGGUUCAAUGAUUUUUUCGCAUGCCACAGAAGAGGAAAUGUUAAGCCAUUGGCGUGACUUUAUCAUCAAAGCUGAUCCUGAUGUUAUCAUAGGCUAUAAUACAUCAAAUUUCGAUAUACCGUACCUUUUGAAUCGUGCAAAGGCUUUAAAGGUAACCGAUUUUCCAUAUUUUGGUAGAUUGAAGAGCGUUAAACAAGAGAUUAAAGAGUCAGUGUUCUCGUCGAAGGCCUAUGGUACAAGAGAAACCAAAAACGUUAAUAUUGAUGGCCGUUUACAAUUGGAUCUUCUACAAUUUAUUCAACGUGAGUAUAAACUAAGGUCUUAUACAUUAAAUGCUGUUUCUGCACACUUUUUGGGUGAACAAAAGGAGGACGUGCACUAUAGCAUUAUUUCUGACUUGCAGAACGGUGAUAGUGAAACAAGAAGACGACUGGCUGUUUACUGUUUAAAAGAUGCUUAUUUGCCUUUAAGACUUCUAGAAAAAUUAAUGGCAUUGGUUAAUUAUACCGAAAUGGCUCGUGUAACAGGUGUUCCAUUUUCGUAUUUAUUGGCUCGAGGUCAACAGAUUAAAGUUGUUUCUCAGUUAUUCAGGAAAUGUCUCGAAAUUGACACGGUAAUACCAAAUAUGCAAUCUCAGGCCUCUGAUGAUCAAUACGAAGGUGCCACUGUCAUUGAGCCCAUUCGAGGAUAUUACGAUGUCCCAAUUGCAACGUUGGAUUUCAAUUCUUUAUAUCCGAGCAUUAUGAUGGCGCAUAACUUAUGCUAUACAACUCUCUGUAAUAAAGACACUGUGGAAAGGUUAAAUUUUAAGCUGGAAGAAGACUACGUCAUUACACCAAAUGGUGAUUACUUUGUUACUACUAAGAGGAGGCGUGGUAUCUUACCAAUCAUUUUGGAUGAAUUGAUUAGUGCUAGAAAACGUGCUAAAAAAGAUUUAAGAGAUGAAAAAGAUCCAUUUAAAAGAGAUGUCUUAAAUGGUAGACAGUUGGCUUUGAAAAUUUCGGCAAACUCCGUUUACGGUUUUACAGGUGCGACAGUUGGCAAACUACCAUGUUUGGCCAUAUCUUCAUCCGUUACGGCUUAUGGUCGUACUAUGAUUUUGAAAACUAAAAAUGCGGUUCAAGAGAAAUAUUGUAUCAAAAACGGUUAUAAACAUGAUGCUGUUGUUGUCUACGGUGAUACUGAUUCUGUUAUGGUGAAAUUUGGUACAGGAGAUUUAAAAGAAGCUAUGGAUCUUGGUACAGAGGCGGCUAAGUAUGUUUCCACUUUGUUCAAACAGCCAAUCAACUUAGAAUUUGAAAAAGCAUAUUUCCCAUACUUACUGAUCAACAAAAAACGUUACGCAGGCCUAUUUUGGACUAAUCCCGAUAAAUUUGAUAAGUUGGAUCAAAAGGGGCUUGCAUCUGUUCGUCGUGAUUCGUGUUCUUUGGUCUCUAUUGUCAUGAAUAAGGUUUUGAAGAAAAUUUUGAUUGAAAGAAAUGUGGAUGGUGCGUUGGCUUUUGUUAGAGAAACUAUUGAUGACAUUUUGCACAAUAGAGUGGAUAUUUCUAAGCUGAUCAUAUCGAAAACGUUGGCACCAAACUAUACAAACCCACAGCCACAUGCUGUCUUAGCUGAGCGUAUGAAAAGAAGAGAUGGAGUUGGUCCAAAUGUUGGUGACCGUGUGGAUUAUGUCAUUACCGGUGGGAAUGAUAAACUUUAUAACAGGGCAGAAGAUCCGUUAUUCGUGUUAGAAAAUAAUAUUCAAGUCGAUUCGCGUUAUUAUUUAUCAAAUCAAUUACAAAAUCCGAUUAUUAGUAUUGUUGCACCUAUCAUUGGUGACAAGCAAGCAAACGGUAUGUUCGUUGUAAAGUCCAUCAAGAUUAACACCGGCUCUCAAAAGGGAGGCUUGAUGAGUUUUAUCAAAAAGGUAGAGGCUUGUAAAAGUUGCAAAGGUCCUUUGAAAAAAGAUGAAGGCCCCCUCUGUUCCAACUGUUUAGCCAGAUCUGGUGAAUUGUAUAUUAAAGCAUUAUAUGAUGUUCGGGAUUUAGAGCAAAAGUACUCUAGACUAUGGACACAAUGCCAGAGAUGUGCAGGUAACUUGCAUAGUGAAGUUCUGUGUUCCAAUAAGAACUGUGACAUUUUCUACAUGCGUGUUAAGGUCAAGAAAGAACUACAGGAAAAAGUGGAGCAGUUAAGCAAAUGGUAA